AUGUGUCGGGCACCAUUGAUCGGGGGCAUUGACCAGGUCUUCCCCAACCGAGCCCUGGCACAGCUUGUGGAGCAAGCAAGGAUCAUAGGAGUGACACGUCAGCAGCGGCUGGCCAUGUCAGCAGUCGCUGCUGCGCUUCCUGCCAGCCAUGUAACAAACACCAGUGGACGCCGCUUUCUGCUGCUGUGUGCGCGUGCGCGGCGCUGGUUCCUGGUGAACGAGCCGCGCAUCCGCUUCUCGCUCUUCCUUGCCGUCUCCGCCCUCCUCGUCUUCUACCUGCGUGUGCAAGAGGAGGAGUACGCAAGGGUGACCCGGUACCCCUGA